AUGGACGAGAAACAACCUCUGUUGAAAUCAGCAUCUAAGUUGUCUCAUAAUGAUGAUGGUGAUAAAAAGAUCAAAGAAGCGGAAAAUAACAGUUUUGUAGAGUGGUGUCAAUCUUUUAAUGGAGGGAAGAAUAAUGAUAACUAUAAAAAGUUAAAUGACAAAGUCAAAAAUGAACAUGAAGAUCAUCAUGUUAGCAUCAUGCAGAUGUUUCGACAUAGUGAUGGUAUCUCAAUCCUACUUAUGAUAAUCUGUGCUGUUUUUGUUUUAUUAAAUGUGAUUUGUAUUCUGGGUACUUCGGUUCUUUUUGCUAUAGCCACUGGAGUUUUUGUUACUGAGUCAUUUAAUACUAACUGGGCUGACCGACUUCAAAAUUUAACAAUCUUAGCCAGCAAUUAUAAUAGUAUUUGUCCUCCUGUAACUCGACCAGAUUCAUUAAAUUAUGAUCAAUUAUAUACAUUUUAUCAAUUUCAUAAUACGACUAUUACACCUACAAAACUUUUAGUGGUAUCUUCGCUUCGACAAAAACUGAUGCCCAUAGUUCACUGGUUGCUAGUCACUACAAUAGUUACGUUUUUAUCUGUGUCACUGCAAUAUUUCAUUUGGUCAAUAGCUAUAAAGCGGCAAACUACUCGCAUGAACAUUUUACUAUUUAAAUCACUUCUUCAACGUAAUAUACCGUAUUUUGAUGAAAAUCGAAGGAGUCAGUUUAAUACAAAACUAUUCCAAAAUAUUAAAACAAUUCAGAAAGGAAUUGGUUAUGAUUUCUUGAUAAUGAUUGUAACACUGCUCAAUAUCCCUUGCGGUGUGGUUAUAUGUCUCAGUAUCAAUUGGAAACUAUCAUCGAUUUUACUCUUUACUAUUCCUGUUAUUGUUGGCAGUUCUUUGAUAACUUCCAAACUUGUCUCUAAUGAAACUGAAAUCGAAUUACAAACAUAUUCAACAGCUGAGCAUAUUGUUCAAGAAGUAAUAAAUUCAGUGCGAACUGUUUUCUCACUCAAUGGGGCGAAAUUUGAACAACAACGAUAUGAGAACGAAUUAGAUCCAAAUCGUUGGAGUAGCACUCGAAAGGGUGCUAUAUUUGGUAUAUUUACCGGCGUCUUAUCUCUGGGAACUUACAUAGUUUAUGCAAUUGGUUUUAUCUUUGGUUCUUUACUUAUAUUAUAUGGAAGAAAUGAAUUGAAUAUUGCUGACAAUAUUAAGAUUGUUAUCUUGUUUGCACAGUGUAUAACAUAUUUUACUUCAGUUGGUGUAUGCUUUCAGUCAGUAACAGAAGGCCAAGGUGCUGCUGUAUCUGUAUUUCAAUUGAUUGAUGAAGAACGCGAAGAAAAUGUAAAUGAGAAAGGUGUAUUAGAAGAAAAUCUCUUAGAUGAAGAUUCAGUUCCUAAUUUUAUUGGUGACAUUCAAUUCAAGAAUAUUAAUUUGGUAUAUCCAUCUCGAACAGAUAUCACAGCGUUGCAUAAUCUUAGUCUUACUGCACGUGCGAAUCGAACGACGGCUCUUGUCGGUUCAAGUGGCUCAGGAAAAAGUUCAUGUAUGUCCCUCCUUCUUCGAUUCUAUGAACCAUCAUCCGGUGAAAUUACGAUCAAUGAUCGAUCAAUCACAAAUUACAAAAUUAAUCAAGUCCGAGAAAAUAUCGGAAUUGUUGAUCAAGAAGCUACUUUGUUUGGCAUGACGAUUUAUGAAAAUAUUCGUCUUGGUAAAUUAAAUGCAACACGUAAAGAAAUAGAAGAAGCAGCAAAACAAGCCAAUGCACACCAUUUCAUUAUGAAACUAUCGAAUAAAUAUGACACCCUUGUUGGUGAACAUGGUAUUCAAUUGAGUGGUGGCGAAAGACAAUGUAUUGCAUUGGCACGUGCUCUUGUCAAACAACCUUCAAUACUUUUAUUAGACGAAGCAACAAGUGCACUUGAUACUGUUAGUGAAAAAAUUGUUCAAGAAGCUCUUGAUCGAGCACGCAAAAAUCGGACAACUAUUAUUAUUGCUCAUCGCUUGACAACAAUUCAAAAUGCUGAUAAAAUAUAUGUAUUAGACAAAGGACGUGUGAUUGAAGAAGGAACUCAUGAAACAUUGAUGAAAAAAGAAGGAACAUAUCAAAGAACGGUUAAAAAACAGCAAAUUCAAAGGUUGACAGACAAUGAUAAUAAUAAAGAUAAUAAUUUAAUUAUGAGUGGAGCUACGGAAGAAGAUCAAAAGCAAAGGACCGAAUAUCAUCGCUUGUUGAGUGAAAGUGAACUUGUGAACAUGGACAAAGACAAUUUCGUAUCGGCAAAAAGACAAUUCGUUUUUUUACGCUUAUUAGCAAUGAAUAAAUCAGAAUGGGCAACUAUUUUAGUGGGAUGCGUAUUCAGUUUACUUAGUGGAUUGUGUGAACCAUUAUACGCAAUUUUAUUAACUAAGAUAAUUAAAUCAUUCAAUAGUUGUGAUCCCUUGCAAAACUUUCAUCAAAUAUUAAUAUCAAGCUCCAUUUUUCUACUUUUGGGCAUUGCUCUAUUGAUUAUUCGUUUCUUUCAAUUUACAGCUUUUGCUAUAUCAGGAUCGAAAUUAACACAACGCAUUCGCGCAAAAGCUUUUGCUUGUCUUCUUCGUCAAGAAGUUGCAUAUUUUGAUCGGCCCGAGAAUAGUUGUGGUGCUAUAUCUACUCGUCUUUCUUCGAAAGCCGCCGCCAUUCAAGAUAUGAGUGGUGUGAGAUUAGGUGUUAUUUGUGAGGCUGUUGCCAUUGUUGGCUUCGGUCUUUUAUUUGGCCUCUUCUUCAGCUGGCAAUUGACACUUAUCGCAUUUUUCCUAAUGAUUCUAGUCACCAGUAUCACUUUUUUAUUUAUAUAUCUUCAAGUUGUAUUGGAAAAUAGAUACGACGCUAUCAUAGAACAAGCAAGCACACUCGCCGUUGAGACACUUCAGAAUAUCCGUACAGUAAAACAGUUGUGUGUAGAAAAGGAAAUUUUACGACAAUACUCCGCUAUGAUUCGUAAAGCAUCACUAAUGUCUUAUAAAUUUGAAUUCCUCGUCGGGAUAGUAACUGGUAUACACUGGGCAGCAGCCCCAUUAAUGCUAUUACUUAUAUAUUGGUUAUCUAUUAUACUUAUUGAAAAUAACAAAUUAAAUCAACAUCAUGUUAUAAUGGUCGUUGCGUUUACCAUGUUCAUGACAGAGUCAUUAGUAAUUGUCGGAACCCUUUCUAGCCGUAUUGGUUCAUCAAUAUCAGCUGCUCAAGAUUUUUUUGACUUAUUUGACCGCACACCAUGUAUUGAUAAUGCAUCAAGCGAAGGACAACAAUUAGAAACUUUUCGAGGAGAAAUACAAUUCGAACAAGUGAAGUUUGCAUAUCCAACUCGACCAACAGCUCUUAUUUUGAAUAAAUUUCAGUUAACUAUCAAACCAGGUCAACGUGUUGCUCUUGUUGGGACAUACGGAUGUGGGAAAACAACGAUUAUUCAAUUGUUAGAACGUUUUUAUGAUGUAACACACGGUCAACUACUUAUUGAUGGCGUUGAUAUUCGAAAAUUAAAUCUUCAAUGGAUUCGUUCUCAUUUCGGUCUUGUUAGUCAACAGCCAAUUUUAUUUGAUUUAACAAUUGCCGAAAAUAUAACGUACGGAUUAGAAAAUAUUCCAAUGGAUGACAUUAUUAAUGCCGCAAAAAAAGCGAACAUUCAUGAAUUCAUUCAGCAAUUACCACAAGGUUAUAAUACAAAUGUAGGAAACAAAGGUUGCCUUUUAUCAGGUGGUGAAAAGCAACGUAUCAGUAUUGCUCGAGCUCUUCUUCGUCAACCCAAAGUCUUAUUAUUCGAUGAGCCAACAAGUGCGAUGGACUCACAUAAUGAACAAGUUAUACAAGAAACCCUUGAAGAAGUUCAAGUAGAAGAUCCUACAAGAACAUCGAUUAUUGUUGCCCAUCGUCUAUCAACUAUUCGCUCCUGUGACUUUAUUUGUGUACUUGACAAGGGUCAUAUUGUAGAAAUUGGUACGCAUAAAGAAUUAAUACAACAGUGCGGAAAUUAUUAUCAAAUGUUCACUACGCAACAUAACUUCUAA